UACAUGGCCAAUAGCUACUGUUCAGUGGGGGUGUUGAGGACCUCCAUGGGGGUCCUGCAACGACAACUGUACGAGGGAGGAGAGUAUGACAUUUUCAAGUACGCUCCCAUGUUUGAGAGCGACUUUAUCCAGGUCAGCAAGGAAGGAGAACUGAUUGACCUAGACAUCCGCGUCCGAAGGGUGACUGUGGGCGUCGCAUCCACCAGCCCCCUCUUCCCACUACCUGACGUCAUGCUGCUGGCCCAAACAACGAAAGUCUGUGACGAGCAUGUCAGAUGCGCCGGGAUCACCAAGGGGAGAGGUUGCAAGCCCCUGAAGACCCUAGAGCUCACCAGGCUGCUUCCCUUGAAGUUUGUCAAGAUCUCCAUCCACAACCGUGAGAAACAGCAGCUGUGCCUGAAUCUUGCUACCGGCCGUACUUUCUAUCUGCAGCUGUGCCCCUCUUCCGAUGCACAAAAAGACCUCUUUUCCCAUUGGGAAAAGCUUGUCUAUAUCCUGAGACCACCGGUAGUCAGUUACAGCAGUACCCCGAUGCUCCAAACUGGAGAUGCAGCGACUACAGAGGAUGCCAAAAUCCUAACCACAGAGCUCCACAGAGAAAGGGAUCAGGAUGAGGCUGGGAUUCACAAGCUUCGUGACGUG